AUGGGUGGCCUUACGCACCUCAUAGUAUUCGUCUCCAUGUUUGUCUCCAUAACUCUGAUAUCAGAAGCCCAGUACCGACUUCCGAUCAUGAUAUACGAACCCUCCAAACAAUACUACACCAGUAUCAGCCUCAGAUCCCCCAAUAUGUAUUCCGUUACAUUCCUCCUCGAUCUCGGAACCAACCUAACGUGGCUCGACUGCCGCGAACUCGAAUCUUUAUCAUCACUCCGCUUCAUCACUUGCCAGAGCUCCACCUGCAAAUCUAUCCCCGGCAGUGGCUGCGACAGAAAAAGUUGUCUUUACCUCCAACCAAACCCUCUCGGCAAACGCGUCACCGGCCGUGUCGUUCAAGGCGCAGCCACCUUCUCCACUAAAGACGGCGGAAGACAGCUAGUCUCUCUCCCCCGCUUCACAUUCUCCUGCGCUAACCAACUCCUUCCCCUUCCGGUCUCAGGUGUUCUGAGUCUUUCUCCGGCGGGAGAGUUCUCGUUCUGGAGACAGGUGACGACAGCGUUUAACGUCGCCCCGAAGUUCGCUCUCUGCUUGCCUUCUUCCAUCUUCGGCAUCGGUCACUUCUAUGUUGGUGGCGUUAACAGCUAUAAUAUCCCCCCGUUCAAUGCUAGCAAUCCCCUACCGAUGACUUUGACACCGUUGAAAAACAUUGACUCGGGAAAAUAUAUUAUCUCCCCCACCUCAAUCUACGUUGCCGGAAUCCCUUUAUCGUUAAAACCAAGUUUGCUCGACGGAGGAGCAAAGAUCAGCACGGUCGUUCCUUACACCCUACUACAAACUGAUAUCUACAAUGCUCUUGCUAGUGCAUUUACACGUAAAGCAACGAAAAUGGGAAUGUCUAAGGUCCCAGGAACUGCGCCAUUUAAAACAUGCUUCGACGAAGGCGGUUCUGGGAGGAACAUAGAGGAGUUCAUGAACGUGCCGGUGAUAGAGAUUGGGCUGCCAGGGAGGGCAGGGGAGGUGAAGUGGAGGUUUCACGGUGCAAAUACGGUGGUGAGAGUAUCAGAGACGGUGAUUUGUUUGGCGUUCGUCGAUGGAGGAAAGAAACCUAUUGAGCCGAUGGUCAUUGGGACACAUCAGUUUCAAGACUAUAUGAUCGAAUUCGAUUUGAGCACCAGUCGUAUGGCUAUUAGCGACUCACUAUUGAGCCAUAAGACUAGCUGUUUCAAUACUAUAUGAUCGAAUUCGAUUUUAGUGAGUCACUCUUGCUCCAUAAAACUAGCUGCUUGACCAUGUGACCUUCCUGGAGAUCAUAUAAUCAAUCAAUCGUCUUUGACAUUUACAGCUUUUACUUGUGUUCCAAUAAAAAUUUGAAAAAAACUUAUUAUCAGUUUUUGGAAAUUAAGCCA